UUGCCCUGCUUGCCAAAUGCCGCAGCGGUUGCCGCCGAUGCCAUUACCACCACUUCCACCACCAUCAGUAUCACCGCCACAAUCGCAACCACCAGUGCCGCCGGCUGGAGCGGCUGCGAAGAAGCGGAAACACGCCACGGAGACUAGCAAGCUACGCAAGAAGCAGAAUGGCGGCUCUGGUUCAAGUAAGGUUGAGGUUCCAUGCAGAGGCUGCAAAGAGGUUUUUUCCGUUCCAGCUAGUCUCACGAAGUUCGCUUGCCCUAAGUGUGGUGUUGAGAACCCCGUCGAGAUCGAAGAAAUCAAUGAGCUAGCGGUUGAGGUUGAACGUGAUGAAGAUGAAGGCGGAACAGCAGGAGAAACAUUUACAGAUUAUCGGCCAGCAAAAGUAUCUAUGGGACCUCCGCACCCAGAUCCUGUUGUUGAGACUUCUUCCUUGUCUGCAGUGCAGUCACCUGAACCUACUUAUGAUCCAAUACUUAAAGAUUAUUUGGAAAGUUCAAAGGCUUUGUCAUGCCUGCAGAUAGAGACAUUGGUCUAUGCUUGUCAGAGGCAUCUUCUACACCUUCCAGACGGCACAAGGGCAGGAUUUUUUAUUGGGGAUGGAGCUGGUGUUGGUAAGGGCCGCUCAGUUGCUGGGCUUAUUUGGGAGAACUGGCAGCAAGGACGGGAAAAGGCGUUAUGGAUUUCUGUUGGUUCAGACUUGAAGUUUGAUGCCAGAAGAGACUUGGAUGAUAUGGGUGCAACUUGUGUUAAAGUGCAUGCUUUGAACAAACUGCCUUAUUCUAAGCUUUCUUCGAAGUCUGUUGGAGUCAAGGAUGGGGUUGUUUUCUCAACUUACAGUAGCCUCAUAGCAUCCUCUGAUAAGGGUCAAUCUCGUCUCAAACAACUUGUGCAGUGGUGUGGGCCAAAGUUUGAUGGUCUUAUAAUAUUCGAUGAGUGUCACAAAGCGAAAAACUUGAUGCCGGAAGCUAAAGGUGGUAUGCAGCCAACACAAACUGGCAAAGCAGUGCUUGAUAUACAGUCUCAACUACCCGAAGCUCGUGUUGUUUAUUGUUCUGCCACUGGUGCAUCUGAACCUCGCAACAUGGCUUAUAUGGUUCGACUCGGCCUUUGGGGUGAUGGAACUUCUUUCUGUGAUUUCAAGGAAUUUUUAGGUGCACUUGACAAAGGGGGUGUAGGAGCUCUAGAACUAGUUGCCAUGGACAUGAAAGCAAGGGGAAUGUAUUUAUGUCGGACCCUUAGCUACAAGGGUGCUGACUUUGAAGUUAUUGAAGCACCAUUAGAGGAUAAGAUGAUGGACAUGUAUGAAAAAGCUGCAAAAUUUUGGUUGGAACUGCGUGUGGAUUUACUGUCUACAACUUCCAAUGCCUUUUUAAAUGUGAAAUUUGAUUCACGUACACUGUGGAGAUUAUACUGGUCAUGCCACCAGCGUUUCUUUAGACACAUGUGUUUGUCCGCUAAAGUACCUGCUACUGUGAGACUAGUGAAGCAAGCAUUGAUGGAAGAUAAGUGUGUAGUUAUAGGACUGCAGAGUACUGGGGAAGCCAGGACUGAAGGAGCUGUGGCAAAAUACGGUUUUGAACUUGAUGAUUUCAUUUCUGGGCCUGAAGGGUUGCUGGAAAAAUUUGUAGAUGACUGUUUUCCAUUGCCAGAGAACCCCGAACUUCAUGAAAAGGAUGCAUUGCUUGAUCUCGAGGGGAUGGGGCACUCAACGAGUCCUUGUGUAUCAGGAAAAGUAAAGGGCAGGAACAUAGCUAAGGUGCAUCCUUCUAGUAAUAUUGAAAGUUACGAAGAAUCUGAAACUGACACUGAUCCUGAAAUGGAUGAAUCUGAUUAUGAACCAGAAGGUGAAGAGAGUGCUGCCUCUGCUCUUGAAUCUAGUGACUCUGAUUAUGAUGAGCUUCAGACAUGUGAAUUGUGCAGCUUAGAGGAGGAAAGGCAUAAUUUGCUUUCAUGCUCCGGCUGUGGUAAACUGGUCCAUCAAGAAUGCUUAAGUCCCCCAAUUCACAAUUUAACUCCAGAAAAAUGGUUAUGCACUGUGUGCAAAGGAAGAACAAAUGACAUCCAACCAGGUCCUGACUACCUAACUGAACUCAAGAAGAGGUAUGAUGCAGCUUUGGACCACAAGACAAAACUGUUAGAGACUAUUCGUAAAUUAGAUCUUCCGAUCAAUCCCUUGGAUGAUAUUAUUGAUCAGUUAGGAGGCACUGAAAAAGUUGCUGAAAUCACAGGAAGAAAAGGCAGGCUUGUGAGGGCCCCUUCGGGAAAGGGUGUAAUUUAUGAGCCUCGUAACAAAAAAGAUAUCAGUAUGGAGAUGGUAAACAUGCAUGAAAAGAAGCUUUUUCUGGAUGCUAAGAAGUUUGUAGCUAUUAUAUCUGAAGCCGGAUCUGCGGGUUUUUCAUUGCAUGCAGAUAGAAGGGUUAUUAAUCAGAAAAGAAGAGUUCAUAUAACUUUAGAACUUCCUUGGAGUGCUGACAAAGCAAUUCAGCAGUUUGGAAGAACUCAUCGAUCAAAUCAAGCUUCAGCUCCAGAAUACAGGGUACUCUUUAGUAACCUUGGUGGUGAACGAAGGUUUGCAUCUGUUGUUGCUAAAAGAUUAGAAUCUCUUGGUGCUUUGACUCAGGGGGAUCGCAGGGCUGGACCUUCAUUAAGUGCUUACAAUUAUGAUAGUAGUUAUGGAAAGAGGGCUCUAAUGAUUAUGUACGAAGGAGUAUUGGAACAGGAUUCUCUUCCAGUUGUUCCUCCUGGAUGUUUAUCUGACAAUCCUGUUACAAUCAAUGAAUUUAUUAUGGAAGCAAAAGCUGCUCUUCUAUCUGUUGGAAUAGUUAAAGGAUAUGAGGAACAUUCUGGAAGUUUAUCUGGCUACAUUAGUGAUAAUGAUAUGCAAGAUGUUCGGCGAUUCCUCAAUCGGCUUCUAGGACUUCCUCCUGAUAUUCAGAAUAGGCUUUUUGAAUUAUUUGCGAGCAUAUUUGAUCAUCUCAUUCAGAAUGCUCGCAUUGAAGGUAACCUUGAUACAGGCAUUGUGGAUAUGAAGGCUAAUGUUGUAGAACUACAAGGGACUCCAAAGACAGUUUAUAUUGAUCCAGUGACGGGGGCUUCAACAGUUCUGUUCACUUUCAUCUUGGAUAGGGGGACCACAUGGCAGCUGGCAACCUCCAUGCUGAAUGAGAAGCAGAAGGGUGGGCUUGGAUCAGUCAAUGAUGGUUUCUACGAGUCUAAGAGGGAGUGGUUAGGAAGGCGUCAUUUCAUUUUAGCAUUUGAAAGUUCUGUUUCGAAUAUGUAUAAGAUAGUUCGCCCUACUGUUGGAGAAUCCUUUCGGGACAUGCAUCUGUCAGAAUUAAAAAGGAAAUAUAAAAAAGUUUCAUGUUUAAAGAAUGCUCAAAAAGGAUGGGAAGUGGAAUAUAAUGUUUCAUCUAAACAGUGCAUGCACGGUCCCAAAUGUAAGCUUGGCAACUUCUGUACUGUUGGCCGAAGUCGGCAGGAAGUAAAUAUCUUGGGUGGUGCUAUUCUUCCUCUUUGGCGAGCUAUUGAGAAGGCCCUUUCUAAUCAGUUGCGCCGAAACCAUAGGAGGCUACGUGUUGUUCGCAUUGAGACUUCUGCUGAUAACCAGCAUAUAGUUGGCGUUCUUGUUCCUAAUGCAGCUGUUAAAUCCGUCCUUCAAGGUUUGGAAUGGGUUCCAGCUGAUGAUAAUUGACCCGUGACACUAGACAGGUCACUUUGUUUUUUGGUGAAGUGGCAAAAAGAUGCUGCCUUCUCAUGUUGCUUGUCCCUAGUUAUUUUUUGGAAAAAGGUUAAACCUGGUUGUUGAAUACUUUUGGAGGGAAACAGACUCAUCCUCAGUGUCAUGCAAUAUAGUUGGCAUGAUUUUGUUACCCAUUUUUUGGUAUAUAAUUUGAUGUAUAGUGUUGAGGGUGAUGCUGAUCACUAACUAAAACAUAAUAGUUGACUAAG